AUGGCAUCUUCUUCCUCAUCUUCCAAGGGAAAGAAAAAGUUUAGACAACCAAUGCUGUGGAGUCAGUGGAAGCGUGCAUCUUCUUUGUCCCACAAAGCAAGUGAGGAUCAUCGUGUUUUCUCUGGAAUCGAACCUCAUGGCAUAAGGAGGAAAGUUUCUGAAUCUUCAAGAUUAUUUGAUGUCUUCAUCAACCACAGAGGUCCUGAUGUGAAAAAUACUCUGGCCCUUCAGCUUUACAAAUCCCUUGAGAAGUUGAGAAUACGGGCGUUUCUUGAUUCGGAAGAGUUGGAGAUUCGUUUCCAUCCACCAUUCAGAAUCCAUCCGCUCUGCAGCAUGUUUUGCGACGUUACACCUUCGGCACUACGCCACAUAGAAAAAGGAGUCUACGCCAAUGCAUUCAAUCAAUAUCGCGAGAAAUCCAGUGACUGCAAGAAAAUAGUGUCAGCAGUGCAAAAGGAGGUACAAAGAAAGAAAUGUUUAACUGUUGCCAAAUAUCCAGUAGGACUUCCUAACCUUGUAGAACAGUUUCAAAAGCAGUGCAUUGCUAAGGUUGUCCAUGAUUUCGACAGCCAGUGUCGGAUGAAUAAACAAGGAGCAGGGGAAGCUAAGAUUGUUGGGAUUUUUGGCAUGGGUGGUGUAGGAAAAACAACUCUGUCCAAAGAAUUGUUCAACCGAAAGCAUUCAGAUUAUGAUCGAUCCUGUUUUCUGUUUGAUGUUCGGGAAGCCUCUCUGAAAAGCAAUUUAACUUCUUUGCAAAGGAAGCUCCUGGGAGAUCUCUUUGAUGAAGAUCGUCAAAGCUUUCAUAGCGUAGAGGAAGGCACGAGUAUUCUCAGCGAUCGAAUCCGAAGGAGCCACAAUUUAAGCUUCCUAAUUGUUCUAGAUGAUAUUGAUCACAUGGAACAGUUAGAUGCUCUAUUGAUCAGCGAUAAGCUGGAUAAAUUUGGUAAUAGUCUGGUAAUUGUUACGACUCGUGAUGUGGGAGUGCUCAUAAGCGCAGGAAUAUCGGUUGCUUAUAAUUUGAAAGGAAUGGAUACAACAGAUGCGAAAGAGCUGCAUGUUCAUGGCGAAGAUCGGAAGUUUUGGGAGUUAGAAUUGAAGAAAGUUAAAAAGACGCUGCCUCAAGACAUACACAAGAGAUUAAGAAUAAGCAUUGACACGUUGGACAAUGAAGAAAAGCAAAUUUUCAUUGAUGUUGCAUGCUUUUUCAUAGGAGAAUUGACGACAGACGCCAUCAGAGUAUGGGAAGGAUCAGGAUGGAGCGCUCAACAUGCACUGCGAAGACUCAAAAAUAAGUGUCUAGUUGAAGAAAUGAAAGAUUAUAAUUUCAGGUGGCACUCAGAAUAUUCCAUUGUAGAAAUGUUAGUAUUGAGAAUGCAUGACCAUUUGCGGGACUUGGGACGAGAAAUGGCAGAUGAAUCGACUCAUCCUAGUCGACUGUGGCGUUCUCCAUCUUUGACAUCAAUGCGAUACGAAAAUGUAUUCACCGAAAGCAAAGGUAGAUUUUUGGGUCAUUUCUGGGAACCGUCAGGUAUCACUAUCAGAUUCUUUGUAGGUGAAAUAGAGAAAAAGGCUGAGGCGACAAUCCCUUUACUAUGGCUUGAGCUAAGAUUACAUCGGUAUCCAUUCACAAACAUUCCUCGAUGGAUUCCUCUUCAAAAUUUGGAAUCUUUACGAAUCAUUAAUGGAGGUCUGAAAAGAUUAUGGCAGAAUGAUGUACAGACACCCGUAUGGCUAAAAGAACUUCAGCUCUCUAACGUAUCUGGGCUGUCUGAGCUAAACUUAGGUCUUCUGCGCUGUCUAGAAAAAAUCACAUUUUAUGAUUGCAGAGAUCUAAAAAAUGUGACAGGAAUAUCUGAACUUACGAAGCUAGCAGAAUUGAAGAUUUGCAAAUGUCCAGCGCUUGGGUUUGACGAAGUAAAUUUUGCCAAACUCAGUUGGUUGAAGAUAAUUGCUAUUGACAACUGUAAGAAGCUGGAGAAAAUAACAGGCAUUGAAAACUUGCAUUCAUUGGAAAGAAUGCAACUCUUAUAUUGCAGCAAUCAAACAAUUAGGGAUUACAUUCUAAAGAUGGAGAAGCUGCCAUCAGACUUUAUUCAACUAAUUGGUAGAGCAGCAGAUGGAGCAGUGUCGGCCCUAAAUAGAAGUCUCCUUCGUGACGCAGAUAUUAAUGUCGAUUCAGCCAUCAAAAUUGGUAGUGAGAACACUUGCCCUUGGAGUGCAAUCAUCUUAUGCGCUGUGAUUGUGGUUAAUCCUUGUACUACAGCAAAGCCGAUUAACGACAUCAUCAACAAAGGACGUGAUGCAAAUCCAUGGCAGAGAUUUUACGUUCGCGAAGGCGAAUGGGUUAUGACCUCGGUAACUACUAACCAGGAUGAAGUAAACAUUUAUUUUAUUAACAGGAAUAAUCCACGCUUUGGUUAUUGCUCUCCCUUUAAAAGGAACGGUAGAGCAAUCCAUCAUCGAAUUGCGAUUACAGUCGUCCAUAUGGACAAUGACAGUCACCGUGAAGAAAGGUGA